GGUGACGGGGAAAAUUCUACCGACCAGGAUGAGAACGAAGAAUUACAAAAACAAUUAUCAAGGUUAACGACUUAUGAAGAACCUCCGAUCGAGGAAGCAACAACUCAAACACCUUUUAGUGUUACAUCUGGUAAUAGUGAAGUUUCUUCGACUAGUACGAAUCAACAGCAUACAUUUUUCCAUCUUGUAUUUGUACUUGAUCCGCCUGAAUUGGAAUUAUAUAAACAAGUAGAUAGCAUAUAUAAACACGUUAUUACUAAAUUGACGGCUGCAUUGCAAUAUGAACAACAAAGAUGUGGGUACGUUAGAAAAGAGGCCGAAUUGAUAAUGUCAUUGAGGGACAACAAUGAUAAAUUAGACAUUGCAUCCAUGGAUAAAUUAAUGGAAAUUACAUUGGAGAAAAGUUCAUUAGCCCGAACUAUUCGACAAAUUCCACCUCUUGCACCUACUACACUAUUCACCCCCGGUAAUGACAUAGAAGUACAUGAAUAUACUCAUUAUCCUGUAAUUGCACCUUAUCACGCUUUAUUACUUCUGGAAGAUCCGGAGGAGAUUCUUAGAAGCAUGCCAUUAGAUUCGAAUCUAACAUUGGUACAAUUGGUACAGAUAUUAACACCUACACAACGGUAUAGUAUUUUUAGACAUUUAAGUGAAUUCUAA